CACUAACAACCAGAACAAAACGCAGAACAACUAAGGACGGCAUUGGUUGGAACCCGUGGGCACCUCUGCUCCUCAGGGUGGAUAGAGGAACAUUUUAAGAAACCCACCUGACAAGUGCUGUCUAAUUAAUAGAUGCAGAGAUAUUUAUGCUGGUGAUUGGCGCCCUCUACAGGAUAUGGAUGGUUGGACAGAUGCAAGACGCAGAAAGAGUAACUGUAAAGAAGCCUAGAAAACGUUCCUAUCACUGCCAACACAAAUGGACAUACAAAGAUUACCCAGAGUGUCCAAGAUGGCAUCAGACGGCUCUGAGACUGGCCAGCAUUGCACUGGUUUUCUUGGUGGCCACGGUGAUAGGAUUAGCCAUCCAUGUCAGUCAUCUGAGUGUACAUUCCUUAAGCGAUAAGCACAACAAAGGAAUACUUGGUAAUAAUGAAAGCAGAUGUUGCGGCUGUAUGGAUAUUUCUCCCGGGAAACAACAGCAGGACAAAAUAGACUCCACAGGAAAAUCAUGCCCUGAUGACUGGUUCCAGCAACAAGGGAAAUGUUACAAGUUUUACAUGAACUUUACAUCAUGGAUUGAUAGUAAAAUAUCCUGUGCAGUAAGGAAAUCACGUCUCUUAGUGAUCCAAGACAAGGCAGAACUGGAUUUCAUCCAGAGUAAAAUACAUGAUGGAGUUUACUUUUGGAUUGGAUUGAAUGUUACAGACACACAGAAAACAUGGACCUGGCUGGAUGGCACACCAUUACACCCACAUCUAUUUCAAGUCACAGGCCAGGUUGAAGAUGAAGCCUGUGCCCUGAUAACAAAGAAGGGUGUUUUUUCUGAAAAGUGUUUCAUUCACAAUUACUGGAUUUGUCAAGAUUCAUCUACAGAGGACAAUGUUUGAAUGAUCAUAGGUAUUUCUCUUACUAGAAAAGAAUUAGCUACUAUGGAGAUAUGUAUUUUUUCCCCAGACAAGUUCUCACUAUGUAGCCUUGGCAUGUUCUGGAACUCAUGCAGAUCAGGCUGGCCUCAAAUUCACAGCUAUCCUCCUGCCUCUGUCCCUUGAGUACACGGUGAUUCUAAUAAUGUGUAAAUAUGUGUCUACAAAUGUGAACACCCAGUCAGUCUCAGCUGAGCCCUGAGGUCAUCCCUGUCACUGACACAAUAUCUCAUCAUCAUUCUUCACAGCAGUUGCCUAAGAGGAAACCUUUCUUCAAUCUGCUAACCUCUUGCAAAAUAUCUCAUUUUACUCUAAGAAUAAAGGAGACUGUUAGAGGAUUUCUGGAACUUUUUACCACUUAGUUUGCACAGCUGGCUGCUUGUUAUUUUUCCUGUGCUUACUGUGAAUAAAGCCACCUCUCUUUUCUGUCUAAAUCAAA